AAAAUAAAUAAAUAAAUAAAUAAAUUAUUAAUGAAUUAAAAAUAUCUGAAAAUUUUGAAAAAACUUUCAUUUUUUUUUCUUUUUUCUUUUUUCUUUCCUUUCAGAUCUUUGACUCAAGAGUUUGGUGUCCCAAGCCCAUCCCUGCUUGGGUUGACACGAGGCUUGUUUGCUUGUUUACGAGUGUCACAUUAUUAAGUUUUUCAUCAUUUGGAUCUGCACAGCCGGCAUCUAUACAUGUGAAGUGUCUAUAGUUUUUAUAUUUUUUAUUGAAAACCCUAAUCGGUCUUUGACAAUAUAUAUAUAUAUAUAUAUAUACAUAUGUGAUUGAAGAGAGAGUUGAUAAAGAGAAAAACAACAUGUGUGUAUGUGUGUGUGUGUGAGAUUGAAGAGACUAUAAAUGUAAAUAGUAGUGAGGUGGUCGCUGUUUUUUCUCCCCCUCUCUCUCUGAUUUGCUCUCCACUAGGAUGAUUUGUGUUAAGAAUUACUUCCGUGUACACGAAUUGUCUUAGGAUUUUAAUCAAAGUGAUUUAAAAAUAAAAAUUUAUUUAAAAACAAAUAACAAAUAAAAAAGAAACAGAAAAAGUUUUUUUUUUUACUUAAAAAUAAAUUAAAAAAAGCUGGAACAGGUCAACUAGAACAUAUUCGGGCUUGGGUUACUUCAGAGUCCAGAUUUUUUGACAUCAGGCUGGCCUAACCCAACCUGACUUAGAAUUGAGAUUGGGUUGGUACCGGGCUAAGUUGGGCAAGCCCAACUUGCUGCCCUACUUACGACAUUAUAACUAAGAAAAAAAAUUUAUAUUAGCUAAUCUUUAAGACAUUAUAACUAGAAAAAUGAUUCUUUCUCAAACUUAUUUGAAUAAAUUUAAGAUUUUCUACCCUUUUUAUGUCAUUACAUUGGACCCACUCUUAAACUUAUCCACUAAAAUAAAAACAUGACAAAUACGUUCAAAUGGCAUUACUCAAUUCCACUUGUUAUCACCAUUACUCCAUUAGUAUUACAACCAGCAUUCAAUACACUUGUUAAUAGUACAUUAAAUUCCUGACUGCCCAGAAACCUUUGGAGUUUGUCUAGUGCUUGGCUUUUUCCAUUUCAUCUUCUUUGGAUAUCUCCAUUUAUACUUAUCAUUGUUUUACUGUUGGUGUUAAAGAAGCUCCACACAUGUUGAUCAUAAGUGAUGAAUAAAGGGCUUCACGGACUGAGUCUCUGUGCUGUGAUAUAUAGUAACAAGGUCAUAUUAUCAUCCUCCUAUUAAUUUAGAUCAGUAGCAGUUGUAGGCCAUGGUAUUUAUAUGUAUGUGUGUGUGUGUGUGUGUGUGUGAGUAUAUGUUAUUAAUACAAUUCAGUCAACUAUAUAUACACCGUAAUUAAUAGCAUUCUUAUUUAAAUAAUGUUGGAAAAUUAGACAAGGAACCCGAUUCUUAAGGUCAAGCUCAUCACCUUUAUUAUUAAUUUGCUAAUUAAUGUUUUGUUGAAUUAUUACACCAACAGGUUAUAUUUUAUCAACAAAACAAUUAAAGAUAUAGAUUACAGUUGAAUGAAUAAAAAUCCAUGCUACCUCGUCAAAGUUGGUUAAUAUAUACAAUUAAAAACAGGAAGCUCGUGUAAAGGCUAAACGGACUGAGAAGUCACUCAUGGCAUUAAUUGAUUGUGUAUGGUGGGACUUGAAUAUAAAUUAACUAGAAGAAAUUUUAUUGGCGGGUUCUAACACACAGCUUGAGUACACAGUAAUACACGCAAGUACGUACUUGGACACAUUACAACACACUCACACCAAAACUUGGAACACAAUCAACAGAUUCAACACACCUAAGCACUCACUCGCUCACUUAUAAGCAGGCUCAUUGCAUUGCUCUUUUUUGCUACACCAAGUCAGAGGUAAUUAGGAUAAAUCUCAUUCACUCAAAUAGGUUAAUGAGAAUUAAUAGAUAUCUAGAGACAAGAUGAGAAAUAUUUUUUUAUUUGUCUGCGUGAAUCUGGAUCCCCCUAAAGUCCUGUGUUUUACAAAUCAUGCUAGUCUGGAAUAAAGGUAAGAACAAGUCAUAGUAUGGGGCUUUUGACUUUUGAUAUCAUCGACCCCAUCAUUUGAAAUUCUUAUCCAUUUCCAAAUACAUUUGACAUUUACUUUUGCACAAACUCAGAAUUAAAUACCAGAAACCAAAAUGCUUACUGCUGCUUAAUCAUAAUUCAUUUAUACCUUUAUAAUCAAUAUAUUUUUUUGAGUCCAUAAUAAUACAGUUGAGACUCUUUCCCUUUCAUUUGAUCAAUUAAAAUGGGGACCUCUGCUUUCUUCAUCCUCUCUUGCGUUAUGUUCAUAAAAUUCUGUGUUGCAUCUGACACAAUAACUUCAAACCAAUCCAUCAGUGACGGAGAAUUUUUAGUUUCCUCAGCUCAAAGAUUUGAGCUGGGCUUCUUCUCUCCUGCCAAUAACAAAAACGAGUAUCUGGGAAUAUGGUACAAGAAGGAUCCACAUAUAGUUGUGUGGGUUGCUAACAGAAAUAGCCCAAUUACAGAUUCAACUGGAGUUUUGACCAUCACCAACAAUGCAACACUUGUUCUUCACAACCGAACGAAGACCCAAAUCUGGUCUUCCAAUAUAUCAACAGUAGCUGAAAGCCCCUUUGUGCAGCUAUUAGACACUGGAAACCUUGUCAUCACGGACAAGGCUAGGCGGAGCACAGAAAGCUAUAUAUGGCAGAGCUUUGAUUUUCCAUCUGACACACGGUUACCGGAUAUGAAGGCAGGAAAGGAAUCCAAUGAUGAUCUGGACCGAUAUCUGGUGUCGUGGAAAAGUGCUGAUGAUCCAUCUGCGGGAGAUUUCCCAUACAGAAUUGAUAAUCAUGGACUGCCUCAGUUGGUUAUACUCGGAGGAUCGGCAAAGACCUACCGCACUGGGGCUUGGAAUGGACUUAGAUUCAGUGGUUUUUCAACAUUCUUGAAUCCAACUUAUUCACCUGUUUUUGUUUAUGGCAAGGACAACUCGAAUUAUGUGUAUGAGCCUUAUAAUUCCUCUGCUAUUACGAGACUAACUUUAAAUCAGUCAGGCUUUCUUCAACGUUAUAGACUGAAUGAGAGAAGCAAUGAAUGGUCUCUCAUGUACAAAUUGCCAAAAGAUGAGUGUGACAGUUAUAGGCAGUGCGGUGCUAACGGUAUUUGCAGAAUUCAGAAAUCGCCAAUAUGUGAGUGUUUGAAUGGGUUCACUCCCAAACUACAAGAAGAUUGGCAAUUGCAAGACUGGUCAAGUGGAUGCAUAAGAACGACGACGGUACUGGAUUGCCAGACUGAAGAGGACUUUUUGAAAGUUGAGAGGGUGAAACUGCCUGAUCUUUUGGAGUUCUCGUUAAACAAGAGUAUGAGCCUCAGGGAGUGCGAGGCAGAGUGCUUGAAAAACUGUUCUUGUUUGGCUUAUGCUAAUUCAGACGUUAGGGAAGGAGGCAGUGGCUGCUUGAUGUGGUUUGGAAAUCUAAGUGAUAUCAGAGAGUUCAUUGGAGAAGGUGAUGGGCAAGAUAUCUAUAUCCGGCUAGCAGCUUCCGAAAUAGAAUCAAUCUGCAAUUCAAAAAAAAAGAAAAGACUGGUGAUUAUUCUUGUGGUAUCUAUACUUUCUGGAAUGCUUAUAAUGGGCAUGGUACGAUGGCGCAGCAUAUGGAAGAAGAGAACUAAGAGAAAAGGUGAAGAAUGGGAGUUGCCACUAGUUGAUUUCUCCACCAUUGUUACGGCUACUAACAACUUUUCCCUUGCAAAUAUGCUCGGAGAGGGAGGCUUUGGUCCUGUUUACAAGGCAAAUCUUUCAAACGGACAAGAAAUAGCAGUGAAGAGGCUGUCCAAGAAUUCAAGACAGGGUCUUGAGGAAUUUAAGAAUGAGGUCGCAUUGAUAGCCAAACUUCAGCAUAGGAAUCUUGUGAGGCUUUUGGGCUGCUGCAUUCAAAAAGAAGAAAGGAUGUUAAUCUAUGAGUAUAUGUCCAACAAAAGCUUAGAUUAUUUUAUUUUUGAUAAAGAUCGCAGUGCAUUAUUGCCAUGGGGAAAGCGCUUUAACAUUUUUAUGGGGAUUGCACGAGGACUUCUUUACCUCCACCAAGAUUCAAGAUUAAGAAUUAUUCACAGGGAUUUAAAAACUAGCAAUAUAUUGCUAGACAGUGAAAUGAACCCAAAAAUUUCUGACUUUGGAUUAGCAAGAAUUUUUGAAAGUGACCAAAUUUAUGCAAAAACAAGAAGAGUUAUUGGAACACAUGGCUAUAUGUCCCCAGAGUAUGUAGUUCACGGCAAGUUUUCUAUGAAAUCUGAUGUCUUUGGCUUUGGUGUUCUCUUAUUAGAGAUAGUGAGUGGUAGAAGGAACAGAGGGUUUUCUCAUCCAAAGCACAACCAUAACUUGUUGGGACAUGCAUGGAUACUGUGGCAUGAAGGUAAGGGCUUGGAACUAAUGGAUGCAUGUUUGAAGGAUUCAUGUGUUGAAUCAUCUCAAGUGCUGAGAUGUAUUCAAGUCGGUCUCUUAUGUGUGCAAAAACUCUCAGAAGACAGGCCAUCAAUGUCAUCUGUAGUUUCCAUGUUGGGUAACGAAGGGUCAACAAUACCUCAACCAAAACAGCCCGGUUUUUUCACAGAAAGUUCCAACACUGAUGGUGAAGUUGAAUCUAAAGAUAUAGGGUCGCAUACAAAUGAUACAGCAACUAUAACAAUGCUGGAACCUAGAUAGAUUAUUUAUGUAAAACAAUAAUUCAACCAAAACAUUUUAUUAACAUUGAGACAUUAAUGUGAUAUCGGGCACUUUAUCUUA